CAUCCGACAUCGCGAUUUGCCUGCACACGUCUUGUAAAUUGUGCGUUUUUGUCAACGUUUUUUUCAGUUUUAUAUCAAUUAUUUAAUUUUUAUCAAUAAUGGACCAUGAAAGCAGACAACUCGCUCAGGAUUUGUUCCUGCGGGAACCUGUGGAUGCUCGAAUACGGAAGGCUAAAGUUGAGCCGGAGGAGGAUCCUCAUCCUAACCUCAAAGUGGAAAUGCAAACUAUUCGUUUAAAUUCAGAUUCACAGAAGCUUGUGUUGGACACAUUGAGAUUCAUUCAUGGGCCUGAUUUUAAACUUGGAAGUGCAAGCCUUUAUAAAGAUAAAGGUUCCAAUUUGGGUAACCGUUACUGGAUGGAGAGAGGAAACCUCAUAGUUCAGGGAGGGUGUGAUUACUCGUUGACUGUAAAGCCUGAUAUACAGACUUCAGAAGCGAGGCUCCGUGCUUUUGCAUUGGCUAAAUUGGAGAGGUAUAAUUUCCACAAAGCGCAUUGUGCAGAAGCCUUAGAGGUAGCAGCAGAGAACAUUGAGAAGGCACUAGAAAUACUCUUCCUCAAAUACUUCAAAAUAGACUUCCAAAAUAAACCAGAAAAUGUGCCCACACCUGCGGAGUUGUUGGAAAUGAAAAACGAUGAAAAAGCUGUGCUUGAAUCGAUAUACGAUACAAGUUUCAAAACGAAAGACCAUAAUGUAUGGAUUGUCAAACUAAACCUUGAUUAUCUGACGAAAAUGUACGAAGCGAAAGAUGUUGAGGUUCCCAAGAAAAAGAAUAUAAAUUACACAAGUGGUGUAAAAACGAAACAGAAAGAAGUCUGUAAACUGUUUCUCCGAGGUCCGUGUAGAUUUGGUGCGAAAUGUAAGUUCCUACACGAAUCAAAGGAAGAGAAACCUUCAGAGCCUCCAGAAGCUAAAGAUAACACCAAAAUAACUUACGAAUUAGAAAUAAGGUUUCCUGAAGACACUGUAUACCCUUACCAACCGCCAUUAAUAUUUUUCAAAACAGAAAACAAGACUAAUAUUAUACCAGAGCUUACUUUCUUAAAAGUAACUUUAAGACUUUUGGAUGAAGCCAAGAAUCUAGCGCAGGAUGGUAUUCCAAGUAUAUACUCGUUAGUGGAACUCCUCAAUAAUGAGGAGGAUAUUAUGAAUUUUAUACAAUUUGAUACUAGAACUUUUCCGGACACAUCGGACGCCUUAUUCCCUCAACUCAUAGAGAAUAAUAGUUUAAGUAAAAAGAAGUUACCGUUGCAUUAUAAGAAGGGUGAGAGUAAAGAUAAUAGGUCUAAUGUGAACAUGGAGGAGAUUUAUAAGGAGAACAGAGAGAUAGCUAAGCGUUGGCUGGAAAAAGAAGACAACGACAAGUACAAGAGAAUGAUGUCUGGCAGAAGGAAAUUACCGGCUUGGCAGAAGAGGAAUGAAAUUCUGAAUACUGUGAAGAAAUCGCAGGUGGUAGUUAUUAGCGGUGAGACCGGCUGCGGCAAGAGUACACAGGUACCACAGUUUAUAUUGGACAAUUGGUUGGAGAAUUUUAAAGAUGGCGGCGAGCACGUGGAGAUCGUUUGUACGCAGCCUAGAAGAAUAUCAGCUAUUGGUGUCGCUGAUAGAGUGGCUGAGGAAAGGGUCGAGAAGACCGGACAGGUUGUCGGUUAUCAGAUAAGACUAGAAAGCAAAAUAUCAUCGAAAACCCGUCUAACUUUCUGCACCACCGGUAUUUUAUUACGGAGGUUAGAAUACGACCCUCAGUUGAAAUCGGUCACUCACAUACUCGUAGAUGAAGUACAUGAGAGGUCAGAAGAGAGUGAUUUCCUACUUCUAAUACUGAGGGACUUGGUCAAAGUAAGAAAAGAUCUAAGGGUGAUACUUAUGAGUGCCACGCUGAAUGCUGAUCUGUUCUCCGAUUACUUCGACAAGGUUCCAGUUUUGGAAAUACCAGGUCGAACGUUCCCGGUAGAACAGUUGUUCUUAGAAGACAUAAUGGAGAUUACAAAUUACGUGUUAGAGGAAAAUGGACCUUAUGCGCGAAAAAUUAAGAAAGGAGACAAAAAACAAGAUUUGGAAACUGAACUGGAAACGUGUGACGUACGUGCGGAUGCAAAUGAGCCUCCGAAGAUAUCAAUUCGAGACGACAACUUGAAUAUAGGACAGAUGGUCGCUCGGUACCCCAAGUGUAGUAAGACUACCUGCAAGAAUAUGUACCUUAUGGAUACUGAGAAGAUUAACAUGGAGCUAGUGGAACAUGUCCUGACAUACAUCGUGAAGGGUGACCACGAAUGGCCGCGAGAGGGCGCUAUACUCGUGUUUUUGCCUGGCAUAGCGGAGAUCAUGUCGCUGCACGACCAGCUCUGUGAAAGUCAUACAUUCAGUCCAAAGACAGGCAGAUACAUCAUAGUACCACUCCACUCAACAUUAUCAAGCGAGGAGCAAGCGCAGGUGUUCAAGAAACCGCGGCCGGGCGUGCGCAAGAUUGUACUCUCGACUAAUAUUGCUGAGACUUCGGUCACUAUCGAUGACUGUGUGUUCGUCAUCGAUUGUGGAAGGAUGAAGGAGAAACGGUUCGACUCAAACCGUAACAUGGAAUCCUUGGACUUGGUCUGGGUGUCUCGUGCCAACGCCAAGCAGCGCAAGGGUCGCGCAGGUCGCGUGAUGCCGGGCGUCUGCGUGCACCUGUUCACGUCGCAUCGAUACCACCACCAUAUAUUGGAGCAACCUGUUCCGGAGAUACAUAGGGUGCCGCUUGAACAGCUUAUAUUGAAGAUUAAGAUACUACCGCUGUUCCAGGAUAUGAGUGUCCAUGAGGUUUUGGGCAAAACAGUGGAACCGCCAACGAAAUCGAACAUAGAUGGCGCCCUAUCCCGUCUCCAAGACGUGGGGGCACUGGACAAGGCUUAUGCCCUGACGGCACUGGGCAAACAUCUCGCAGCGUUGCCCGUAGACGUCAGAAUAGGCAAACUGAUGUUAUUUGGGGCAAUAUUCUGUUGUGUGGACUCUGCACUCACUAUGGCAGCGUUUUUAAGCCACAAAAGUCCUUUUGUUUCUCCGUUUGGUAAAAAGUCGGAAGCAGACGCAAAGCGAAGAGAUUUUGCAUGUUCACAAAGUGAUCAGCUCACUACGUUAAGAGCUUAUAGGAAAUGGCAACAAGCAAUGAAAUCGAGUACACACGCGGCGCUAGUGUUCUCCAACGAGAACUUCCUAUCACACAAGACGUUGAUGAUGUUGGCAGAUAUCAAGCACCAACUGUUAGGGCUCCUAGCGUCCAUUGGGUUCGUGCCCGACAUGCCUGCUUUAAGGAAGAAGAUGAGAAAGGAUUCCGUCGCUAGCUUAACAGGAGAUGAGCUCAACACCAAUGGAAACAACGACAAACUAUUGGCAGCCAUUUUAUGUGCAGCUCUGUAUCCUAAUGUAGUUAAGGUCCUGACUCCAGAAAAAUCCUUCCACAUGCAAGCAGGCGGUGCUAUACCGCGGCAGCCGACACCAGACGAGCUGAAAUUUAAAACGAAAUCAGACGGCUAUGUCGCUUUACACCCAUCUUCAGUAAAUUCCUCGGUCGGGUAUUUCACCAGCCCUUACUUGGUGUAUCAGGAGAAGGUGAAAACCAGCAGGGUCUUCAUCAGGGAGUGCUCCAUGGUACCUCAGUUGCCACUUGUCUUGUUUUCUGGUUGCAGUUUGUCUGUGGAGCUGCACAAUGGUACAUUUAUAGUAUCGCUAGAAGACGGUUGGAUCAUGUUCCAGGUGGAAAAACACGAAGUGGCAGAAAUGUUAAAAACAAUUCGAGUGGAAUUAAUAAAUUUAUUAGAAGAGAAAAUCAACGACCCGAGCUUGAACCUGUUACAUUACGAGAAAGGUAACCGGAUCAUAAAGACUAUAGUGCAAAUUGUUACUAAGGAUUAAUUUUGUAUUGUAAAAAAUAACUUAUUUAUGAUUAAACUAAGCGACAAUGAUCUUGGUAGACGUGCGAUCUUUAUGAAGUAUAUUGAAGAAGAAUUAUUGAUUAGAAAUGGUAUCUAUAGGAUAAAAAGUCAUUUAAAAUUGAUAGUGCGUCGAAAUCUCACCACAAAUGUCACAUGUCACUGUUUAGUUUCCAUAAAAAAUAAAUAAAUUGAUUAAAGUCGAAAUAUCUCGUCCGAGAGACCAACAAAUCAAGGAUGUGGUCAUAAAUCCUACAUCGCACGUAAUAUGAAGUUUACAUGCGUGAACAUGGACAGGAAAUCUCAACGAACAACAGUUGUGCAGAAAGGUCUCGCCUGGUCCGAGGAUCCUCUUUUUCUGUGCCGAUGUGGGUGUCCAUAUCCAUUGGCGACCAUCAAGUGACCAGUACUCUUAGUACGAGUUGCUUAAAGCGCGUUCGUCGCUCUGAUUGGUUGGUUCUUUAGCGCCGGCCAAUCAGAUUGCCUCAUCCCAUAAAAAAAUUCAUAAUAUAAGAAUUAUUAAAUUGAUUUUUUGCUCUGUAAUCUAUAUGGGAUCUAAUAUCUAUUGCUAACCGCGUCUACCAAGACUAUUGACACUUAGUUCUUACGAUGAAAUCAAUACAGGUGCAAUUAUGUUCUCAUAAUAAUAAUUAUGUUUUAUUUUAUACUCAUCACAGGUGCUAAAUUAUUUGUGUUUAGUGAUAAAUUUACUUCUUUCUUCUAAUGUUUAUGUUUAUUUGUCCUUUGUUAAUCAAACGAGAAUAAUUUUUAUUGUUUAACUUAUUCAAUUCUCGUUGUUACCGAUGAUUGUAUCAAUUUUUAGUAAAUUUCUAUGAUAAUGAAGUACCCUCGAAUGUUAUUUUAUUUGAACUAUGUAAAUAUUCUAAUACUACGUACUGUUUAAUUUGUGCAAUAUAGUCUAAAAUGACGUCACGGUGGAAACGUCAUAGAGAAUUGAUGAGUUAAUACUAUUUAUAAAUAAUUGUGAAAUUAACCAUUCGAAUAUUAAAGCAAUCACACUAAUUAAAUGUAUUUAUUGUAUAAGCAAUGUAGACAAAUCUUUUAUACCAAACCACAGUGGUAUUUUACAGCAAUUAGUAUUUUUAUUCAGCGCCAUCUAUCCUUUUAGAUGAUAAACUUUAUACAAACUAGACGUUGCUAGUGUUGCUAAUACAUACUAGAGGGCGCUAGUAUCAGUGAGAUUUUACGUAGAUUUUAGUUCGUUUUAGAUCAUCAUACAACGCUAAUUUAUUUAAAUGAAUAAUUACCUAAUUAAAUUAUUGACUUAAUAUUUAUGACUGCCAUUAAUAGGUAUUUCUAGGGUAAAUAAUCAUGGAUUAAUAAAUUUUACAAUGAAGUAAUCGUAAUAUUGGCUUAUAAAUACAAAGGCUUACCUAUCUUAAGUAGUCUUGAAAUAGUUUCAAUAAUCCCUUUUUGGUCUUUUCCUAAUAACAUAAAUAUUUUGUCUCAUAAUCGUAGUAAAUUCCUGUACCUUUACUAAGUAGUCAAUUAAAGAUAUCGUGUUAAAAUUACCUCAUUUCAUUUAUUUAUUUUAACAUAGCGUGUUCCGGCCAUAGUGAUAAUUAUUUAUUUAAAAUUCCCCCUUGUAUUAAGUAUUAGAUAUAUAUAGAGAAAUUUAAUGUGUUUAAUGUUAGUACUAUCUGUUAUCACACGUCACUAAAAUUAUAUGCACAAUUUUCUUGAACCUUUUGAUUGGGUUUGCCACAGAGUUCUAAUUAGAUUCUGUAUGUAUGUCUUUUUAUUUAACGGCUAUUAUAGCCGUGACCUAGAGCGAUGCUGAUUGGUACCUAUCAGUUGUAACAGUUAAUUUGCUACCCUAUCAUAAUAACAAAAAAUGGACCUUAUUACAAAACUCAAUUACUUAGCAAAUCUACAGAUACGCUGGUUAUUAUUACCUUUUAACCGCCUGUGUCGGCCUUCCUUAUUUAGUAGUGAUGAUAUUAUAUUUUAUUUGUUUUGUAGCCGGUAAUUGAUAUUUAACUUGGCGGUUAAAGGGUUAAUUAGAUGUUCUGUCAGCUUUUUUGAGCUAGUUGCACUCGAUGUAUAAUGUAUCUAAAUGUAUUUAUUGAUGUAUUAUGUAUUGAAAUUUUCAAUGUUUAUAUCAAAAAUGAAAUCACACUGACAAUAACCAUUCACAAUAUAAGUAGACAAAUUGUAAUUUAUUAUCAGAAUACUGUGUAAAUAAAUAAUUUUUUUGUUGAAAUA